AUGAGGUUGUGGAAAGCAGUGGAGGAGCUAGAUCUGGGCGGCUAUGGCCAAGGGCGUUCGCGCUCCCUGAGGUUGCCUCCGUCCUUGAAGAAGCUCAAAGUGGAUAUGGAGCUUUCUGGGCCGUUUCCGGAGUGGCUGUGGCCGGCUUCCCUUCAACAACUUGAGCUUGUCCGCUUUGGCCGUUCGAUCAUUGGUGCCGCCUGGCCUCCUGCCCUCCGGCAGCUAUCGCUAGGGGAUCGUUUCAAUCAACCUGUCGCCGGUGUGACGUGGCCGGCGUCUCUGCAACAGCUUUCGUUCGGAUAUUGGUUCACCAAGCCUAUCGCCUGUGAAGUGUGGCCGGCGUCUCUGCAACAACUUUCGCCCGGACGCUGCUUCAACCAGCCCAUUGAUGACGUGGUGUGGCCGACCACUCUGCUCUCAUUGGACUCCGGAUUCGACUUCAAUCAACCUAUUGUCAGUGUGGUGUGGCCGGUAUCUCUACAAAGGUUUUCGUUCGGACAUUCCUACAAUCAGCCCAUUGUCGACGUGGUGUGGCCGACCUCCCUGCUGAAAAUGGACCUCGGGCUCGCCUUUAGCCAACGUAUUGCCGGAGUGACUUGGCCGGCGUCGCUGCAACAACUCAAGUCUGGGAAGAGAUUCAAUCAGCACGUUGCCGGAACAGUAUGGCCGGCUUCCCUGCGACGCCUGGAGUUUGGUGAACUCUUCAACCAACCCAUAGCCGACGUCUGCGCAUGGCCGCUACGCCUUCAGCACAGACAGUUAGGGACUGGUUUCGACCAUCCGAUGUCAGGAGUCCUUUGGCCAGCUUCCCUCGUUCGCGUGAAGCGUGGGAACACUGUGUGGAAUGACAAGCGCCGGGACAGCGUCUUGAUUUGCAUGAUACCCCCUCCCGAGCAGGGUGCUCGCCGCAGAACGUAGGAGUCGUCAUUGGCGUUAUACGAUGAAGAAGGCAUUGUUUUCGUGCGCCUUGGCCAUAAGGAUGAUGUUGUGGACGACACAGGACCACAGGACUGGAGAUGUUGUGAGAUGCGUUGCUUACUUGUGUUUUGUUUUCAUGUAAGGUUUUCUUCAAAAACCCAUGCAACGCCAAACGUUGAAAGCAAAUUCGUUCCUGUCAUGUCCGCUGGUGGAUGAUUUUCCGACCAUGGUUGAGCUUCGAAAAGCCUUCUCGGCUGCUCUAGGUCUCGAAUGUGUCGCCGUCCCACCAAACACGAGCUACGGUUGAAACGCACUGAUAAGGGUUGUUGCAUAGGUUAGAAUCGAAAUCAACCUACCCGGGUUUAGCAUCUAUCAUCACCCUGUGUAGAGUCAUGAUCGUUUUCUUGACGGAGGGGUUCCGGAAUGUCUUCAAGCUAACCCACAGGAUAUAAGGCACGAUUGCAUACGUCAGCACACCAUACCUUGUCCAGAGCUUGGCUGUGUACAUGGAGCGCUUCGAUUGGUAGACAUUUACAGUUGGACCGCCGUCCGAUUGGUUUCCGGCAAUAUUUUCUGUCUUACAUCCAACCUUCCCCGUCUGCUCAGGAUUCAAUGCCGGCCCCGCUCGUAACAAACACAUGCAUUUCAGCCAUACCACCCGAACGAUGGCACGAUACACAAACACACCUCCUACGUAGUCUACAUCCUGCAUGUGGCUCGUCCCUUAGGCAAGCAGGCAGCGUGUGAACCCGGGUGGAGGUGUGUCCAACGUUCUCGGAAGGUGGAACGCUGACUCCCAGAUAUCAUGGGACGACAGCAUACGAACACACAGAUAGCCCGCUCUGUCAUGCUCGGCUCUACAGCGACAUAGACUACACCAAUGGCGGCUUUCCACUCGCUCAACACUCACGGGCGUCAUGUCAAGAAAACGUGGUCAAUCCACUACUGCUGCAGACGACGACUCCUUGAAACAACUGUACAACGCCGUGACAGACACACUCCCAGCCUGCACUAUGCAUCGAACCCCUUUCUCCUCCGAACAAACGAUACGUACACUGCAAACUACCCAACAACAGCCCGAUGCAAAUGAAGUAUAACACACGGAGCGCAAAACCGCACCACACGAGGCCCGAGAGUAGCCACGGGUUUUCCGGUGUCCACUCCUUUCGUUUUCGAGAUAUGAUGGGUGCCCAAGGGCUCACACCAUGUCCCGUGAUAUGACCAAGCGAAUCAUCAAACCACCACAGGCGACGUACGCGCUCAAAUGCCAGAACAAUAUAUCUCCUAGUUGCGGCCCUCGCACCGAACAAUACGGUGCGCGUCCAGCGUUCGGCAGCAAUAUUUAGGCAGAGCUACAGUAAGGUCGCUUGCAAAAAGACCGGUUUCAUCGCCUACUCAAUCUCUCGAAGGCUAAGAUAGCCUCAUUCUCGAACAGAAUUCGGCACCAACCCACCCCACAAGUCAGGAAAAUGAAAAAAAAACGGGUCAAAACAAACGUGAAAACAAAAUCUCGAACAGGAAACAAAUAUUUCCCCAACCCGAAACUCGAUGCUGUCCAAACUGCUUCACAAAAUAGGACACAGGAAAACUCUCAUUCGUGCCACAGGUGAUGAAGAGAAAAGUAGCGAAAUGUAGAAGGCCUGACCUACGGCACUUACUCUACGAGCCAUACUUUUCUGGCGUCCACUCCGUUCGGUUUUCAAGAAACAUGUGCCAUGUUAGUAAAUGUCUUGCCCUCUCUUGUUCGCCAGCGUUCCCGCAACGGUUCCUCCCUUCCAGCCAUGCCGGGUGAUCCCAUCGAUCAAUACUCCAUCUACCAAGCGUGUUUCCUCGUCCCAUCCCGUCCCCUCCCAUCCUCCACCCCGUUGUAUCCCGUUCCACUCUGUCCAAGUCCGUCGCCCCAUCCACCAUCAUAAUGUUUACAUAUGACAGUUGCCCUACCCCGGCUAGCCGAAAACGGCACGAAGUCAUUAUCUGAUCCUUUCCCAUGCCAUCAACCCGGAAUACCCCAGCUUUCUGUCCCAAUACCACAGGGUAGAACACACAUUCGUGCGACACACCUACCGUCAGAUAGCUGACCUGAUGACUCGGCGUGGCUUCCCAACAAAACAAAACCUCCCUUCGGCGUGGUAAUUUGUCGGGCGAGGUUGAGAAGAGCACGACGGUUGUCGGUGGUGUUACAUCAUCACACACAACAUGUGUCAAACGCAUUCUGUCCCGCAAACCACACCAAUUAUGUGAACACAAGCCAUCGCCCACAUCGCCUAUCGUCAGGCAGAUUCGAUACUGGAUUGUCCUGCUGGACCUCCGUUAAGAAUGACUUGCGGCCAGCCGUACCGAUCAAUAUCGUAUCUACCAAGCGUCUUUCCAAGUCCUCCCAUCCCGUCUCGUCUCAUCUCGUCCCAUUCCAUCCCAGCCCUUCCAAUCCCAUCCAGCCUCACCAUGCAUGCUCACGAGAUCGGCACUACCCAUCUAGAUCAAAGGCGCUGACUCGUGCAUCCGGUGCUGUCCAAUUUCAUCAACCAGAAACAUCGCGGCAUCUCGUCCUUCCCAUCCCUCUCCAUCUCAUCCCCAUCCGUCUGAUCAUGAACGCAUACGGCGUCCUUCCUGCACAGUCUAGCCUACCACCCUGCGGACAUAUCCAUCUGAUCCUAUCCCAUACCAUCAACCAGAAAUAUCCCAGCUUCACGUCCCAAUCCGAUCGGGUAUACAAAGCAAAUGUGGGCCAGCCCUACCGUCAGAUAGCUGACCUAUUGACUCGGUGCGGCCCCCCCAACAAAAUAAAACCUCCCUUCGGCGUGGUGAGCUGUCGGGUGAGGAUGGGACGAGCAUGACCGGUUGUCGGUGGUGUUACGUCAUCACACGUUACACGUGUCAAAUACAAUCUGGCCCGCAAAUCACAUCAAUUAUCGCACAACAAGCCAUCGGUCGCUCCUGAUCGCCUAUCGUCAGACAGAUUUGAUACUGGAUUGUCCCGCUGGACCUCCAUUGAGAAUUACUCGCGGUCAGUCGUACCGAUCAAUAUCGUAUCUGCCAAGCUUCUUUCCAAGUUCCGUCUCAUGUCGUCUCAUCUCAUUCCUUCCCAUCC